UUAUAGGUGAAGGAAACCCUACCAUGGCUAACUCUAAACCACAAGCUGACAUCGCCCUGAUAGGGCUAGCUGUUAUGGGGCAGAAUAUUAUCCUUAAUAUGAACGAUCACGGUUUCAAGGUUUGCGCUUUCAACCGAACUGUCUCGAAGGUGGAUGACUUCAUGGCUAACGAAGCUAAGGGAACGAACAUCAUUGGAGCAAAAUCGCUGCUGGAAAUGGUAUCCUUUCUGAAGAAACCCCGGAGAGUAAUGUUGUUAGUAAAGGCUGGAGCAGCUGUCGAUACCUUCAUCAACUUGCUAGUCCCAUUACUCGACAAAGGAGACAUUAUCAUAGACGGCGGUAACUCCGAGUAUACGGACACUAACAGGAGAUGUAAGAGUUUGGCAGAGCAGGGAAUCCUCUACAUCGGUACUGGUGUCUCAGGAGGAGAGGAGGGGGCUAGAUACGGUCCUAGUAUUAUGCCGGGUGGUAAUACUGAAGCUUGGCCACAUGUGAAGGAUAUAUUCCAGAGUAUCUCCGCUAAAGCAGGACCAGCUCUAGAACCCUGUUGCGACUGGGUUGGAGAUCAGGGUGCCGGCCACUAUGUCAAGAUGGUACACAAUGGUAUAGAGUACGGGGACAUGCAGCUCAUUUGUGAGGCUUACAGUCUCAUGAAACAAGCUCUGGGGAUGAGCUGUGAUGAGAUGUCUCAGGUUAUGAAUGAGUGGAACAAAGGAGAGUUAGACUCAUUCCUGUGUGAAAUAUCAGCAAAUAUUCUGGCAUUCAAAGACACGGACGGUAGUCCUCUGCUGGAGAAGAUAAUGGAUAGAGCUGGACAGAAAGGAACGGGCAAGUGGACUGGAAUUUCGGCACUGGAUAUGGGCGUUCCACUGACUUUGAUCAGUGAGGCAGUCUUCGCCAGGUGCCUAUCCUCUCUGAAGGAUCUGAGAGUCACUGCCAGCACUCAACUCAGUGGACCAGCAGAUACUAAAUAUAAGGGCGGUAAAUACGAGUUCAUUGAAGCUAUUAGACAGGCUCUCUACGCAAGCAAGAUCAUAUCUUACGCACAAGGCUUUAUGUUGAUGAGACAAGCUGCUAAAGAAUUCGGGUGGACCCUCAACUACGGAGGUAUUGCCCUGAUGUGGCGAGGAGGAUGUAUCAUUAGGAGUGUGUUCCUGGGAAACAUUAAAGAGGCAUACGAUAAAGAUGCUGAACUUGAAAAUCUGCUUCUGGACGACUUCUUUAAAAAAGCGAUUAACAAGUGCCAAGAUGGAUGGAGGAAGGUGAUAGCCACAGCAGUAACCCUGGGCAUCCCUGUUCCUGCUUUCUCUUCUGCUCUUGCUUUCUACGACGGAUUCAGAAGCGAGAGACUACCCGCUAAUCUUAUUCAGGCUCAGAGGGACUACUUCGGAGCUCACACGUACGAGAUGCUGGACAACCCCAAAACUUACGUCCACACUGACUGGACCGGACAAGGAGGACGGGUCUCAUCCACUACUUACAACGCCUAGUGUGAUAAAAUGCUCUGUGACGUCAUCAGCUGAUCUGUGUCGUCAUUAGCUGAUAUGUGACGUCAUCAACUGCUACAGGACGUCACUAACUGGCCAUCUACCGGUUAACUGAGUUGAUAUUGUGGAGAAGUGACAGUAAAUUAAUGGGAAGUUUAUUAUAGUGUUAUGUAAUGUUCCUUGCUAGCACAUAAUUAGUCUCUUAUCAGUUUUUAUAGAAGAGAUAUCUGUUUUAUCAGUUUUAUUUAAUGUUAUAUGUUCCUUAUCUUUUAUCACGUUCCUAGUCUUUUAUCCUGUUUGUAUAAAACAUUUAUGUUUGCUUCAUAUAAGGAGGAAGUAUUUGAUUGAUAGGUAUCUCCUAUAUUGAUUUAAUUGUAGUGCAUAUUUUUGUUGCUACAUGAUUUAUUUAAUUUAAUGAUAUAAUAUGUGAGAUCUUGAACUUAAAACGAAA